GAUAGAAAGUCACAAGACUUUAUUGUUGGGUGUGGAGUCGAAGGUCAUUUUCCCUUUGUUCCUAAAGCCAUCAUGGAUCUUACAACGCUAUUUUACAAUCUUCGAGAAGAAGUGUCUUGUUCGGUGUGUUCAGAAUUAUUUACGGAUCCUAGACAUCUCUCCUGUCUGCACAGUUUCUGCUUAAAGUGUCUGAAUCGAUGGUACGAAACGUGCGGCGGCGGACAGGCCAUUAAAUGCCCGAAGUGCCAGACCCUAAGCAGAGUGCCUGCGAGCGGUGAUCUAAAAGAUCUUCCAACCAGUUUCUAUUUGAACGGCUUGAUCGAUGUUCUUGCCAUCAAAGAAUGCAAGAAGACUCAAGUUACAUGCGGAAACUGCGACAAGAAGUGCUCGGAAGCUUCGUAUUGUUUCCAGUGUUGCAUAUUUUAUUGCGAGCAUUGCUUAAUAUGUCAUAAUACCAUGCGAGACAAAAAGGAACACCGCGUACUGGCGUUAAAAGAAUUCCAAAGCAAGGACUACGAGGAUGUAUUGAAGCGACCAGUAUUUUGUUCAAAGGAACGACACCAGAAAGAAGAGCUCAAGUACUACUGCAAAAAAUGCGAGACGGCUCUUUGUCAAACUUGCGUCACUUUGAAUCACGGAGGUCAUGAUUUGAGAUUAAUCGAAGAAGAAGCCGAAAACAAAACACUGGAAAUAAAAUCUACCCUUCAAUCGCAGAGAGAAGGGUUAGAUGCAAAACAGAACGUAAUUGCUCAACUAGACGAGGACUGUGCUAAACUGAUUCAACAAAGUGAAAUCGCCAGGAGAGAUGUCCAAAAAUUUGCUGAUGGCUUGAUCAAUACAAUUCAAGCAAAAAUGAAAAAUGUUAUUACCGCUGUGGAAAACCAAACGAAGAAGUCACUCGAAAUUUUAAAAGCAAAAAGAAGUGCGAUUCAGCAACAGAUAAAUGCCACCGAAUCAUCACUGGAGGAAGCUGAUAAACUUUUAAAACGAAGCACCAAUACGGAAGUUGUUGAACUCAAUAAAUCACUACAAACAGUUUUUCAGGGAUUAAAUAAAACGGAGCCUAUUGCUCAUGACCCCAGUAGUCUGAAAACUUUUGUUUUCGUGGAAAAUCACAAGAUGCUUGAUAUCGUCAACAAGGAAGAAAUUGGAUUCUGGAAAAAACCCUACCGAACAAAAGCAAGUGAUUCUCUGGCUGAAGGUGAAGGACUGAAAGAAGGAACUGUAGCACGUAAAGCUCAAUUCAAUUUGAUCACAAGAAACGCGGAGAAAAAGCAAGGGUACAAUAGACAUGACCGUGUCACGGUGGAGAUCAAGGACGAGAAAGGACAAGAAUGCGUGACGGAAGUGCGAAUAAGUAAUAACAAAGAUGGGACCUACAAAAUCACUUAUUAUCCAAGAGUUCAAGGGACAUUCAAAUUAUUUGUAAAGGUUAACGGGGAACAUAUUUCUUGUAGUCCUUUUACUGUGAUUUUAAAAUCAUUUCAAGUCAAACCUGUUUUAUCCUUUGGAAAGGGAGGCUCGGGUGAGGGAAUGUUUCUUUAUCCUCUGGGGGUGGCAGUGAGUGAUGGGGACGAAAUAGUAGUAGUUGAUCAGUCUAACCAUCGGGUUCAAGUGUUUGACAGUAAUGGUACCUUUUUAAGAUUCUUUGGUCACGAAGGUGUGAAUGCUGGAGAGUUCAAAUACCCUCAUGGAACAGCUAUUAAUAAGGACAGGAAUAUUUUUGUAGCAGACAAUAACAACCACAGAAUACAGAAUCUUAGUUGGGAGGGGAGGCACCUGGGUUCAUUUGGCGGCAGAGGAAGCCUUGAUAGUCAGCUGUCUUACCCUCAGGGUUUAUCCUUAGAUAGUACUGGUAAUAUUAUUGUUGCUGAUUCAAGUAACAGUCUGAUUAAGAUCUUUACCCCGGAUGGUAGGUUUGUAAUGAAGAUAGGUGGGCAGGGUUCUUUAAGUUAUCCUAUGCACUGUGUUCAGUGUGGUGAAUAUUUCAUAGUGUCAGACUCACAUGAACACUGUAUCAAAGUAUUUAACAGGGAGGGGCAUUUUCAGUACAAGUUUGGUAAGAAGGGGAAGGGGGACGGGGAGUUUAAUUAUCCAUGUUUUCUGUCAGUGAGUCAGUUCAAGCACCUGUUAGUCUGUGAUCAGAAUAAUCAUAGAAUACAAGUCUUUGAAAUGGAUGGGAAGUUUGUAGGAAAAUUCGGUUCAAAUGGCAGCAAAUUAGGAGAAUUCAACUAUCCAUUCUCAACAGCUGUUUUAGGUAAUGACCAAAUUGUUGUGUGCGACGAAAACAAUUGUCGAAUUCAGAUAUUUCAAUAA